AUGACGGAAAUGGUGAAGGAAAAAAGAGGAUCGAAAAUUUCGAAAUGUAGCGGUACAUCAAAUGAAAGAAGAUAUAGCUCAACAUGUGCUUUACUCAAGGAAUUUUGCCACCGUACAAGUUCGCACGGUAUUCCCUUGAUUGGUUCGCCGUCAUUUUUUAGCCGUACCGUUUGGAUAGUUAUCACUUCAUUGUGUUUCAUUUUGUUUCUUUACCAAACAUAUUGGACACUAUGGGAAUUUUUUCAAUACAGAACAAUAAUCGAAAUGCAAUUGGAAUUCGAACCCGCGCCGUUUCCUGCAGCAACUUUAUGCAAUUUAAAUGCCUUCAAAAACAGCGAGUUGAGAAAGUAUGAAGCAAUUUCUGAAGGGCUAGAUGUUUGGGAAGAGAAAAUUAAUCGUUAUAAAGGUUCAAAAAUGUCUUAUGCAAACAAUUCGUCGCGAAAAACACGUGAAGUUAGUUAUGCUCCUGUUUUUGUUCGAUGUAAUUGUAUGCAGUCGUAUGAUCACUGCAUUCCUGAGUGGAAUCCUUUGCUGGGAAAUGCAACCGUGUGCAUAUGCUUCGAAGAUAUAAAUAGUGGUAAUAUUUGGCCAUGUUAUCCUACAGUCACGUGGACAGAAAAGCAAUGUUUUGACUGCUCACUGUCGAAGACAUGUGAUGAUCCAGAUCGAUCAAGUUUCACCAAUUUACGAUCAUCAACUAAUGGUCACAAGUGUUUGUGUCAAUUUGUUUCUAAUAACUGCGUCAUCAUGCCAAAAGAUGAUAUCCGUUGGUGGAAGCCGAAUAAUUACGCCAUCUUAUCAAUUACUCGUUCACCCACAACUUCUUUGGAACUUGCUGAAGCUUUUGGCUUGACUGAGAGACAAGACCCAGCUGCUAUGACAGCAAAGGCGAAAGAGAACUUAAUAUUUAUGGUUGCUGCAUUGUCAUUUGAAACACGUCGGAACUUAUCCUACACACUUGAAGAAUUUGUACUUCGUUGUUCAUUCAACAGUGAAGAUUGCAACCUCGAAAGAGAUUUCAAGUUACAUAUGGAUCCUGAAUACGGUAAUUGCUAUACAUUCAAUUUCAAUGAUUCCGUUGAACUUAAAAAUAAUCGUGCUGGACCGAUGUAUGGACUGCGUCUAUUGCUAAAUAUAAAUCAGAGUGAUUAUUUGCCAACAACCGAAGCAGCUGGUGUUCGACUGGUUGUGCAUGAACAGGAUCAAGAACCCUUCCCAGAUACAUUUGGAUACAGUGCACCAACUGGAGUUAUCUCAUCAUUUGGUCUGAAAACAAAGGUAUUACAUCGCUUGGAUGCACCCUAUGGGAUGUGCAGUGAUACGUUCAGGCCUACUGAUUAUAUUUAUGCGGAACGUUAUUCACCGGAGGGUUGUUAUCGUAACUGCUUCCAACACACAGUAUUGGAGAGAUGUGGUUGUGGAGAUCCACGAUUUCCUCUACCUUCUGGUGAAUAUCAUCCAUGCAACGUUAAAAAUGCUACCGAACGUAGCUGUCUGCGUAACUUUACUCAACAUUCUGGUGGUUUUCAUCAUAUACAGCAAAACUGUGAAUGUGUGCAACCCUGUAGCGAAAACGUUUUUGAAACAGCAUAUUCUGCAGCUGCAUGGCCAGCGAAAAAUUUCAUUAUUGGUGUAGAAUGUCCAGCUGUUAUCGACAUUGCAAACGAUUCCAGAGCUUGUACCGAAUACUAUAGAAAAAAUACAGCAUACAUUGAAAUUUACUACGAGCAGCUCAACUUUGAAACACUUCGCGAAACGGCUGGAUACUCGAUUGUGAAUUUGUUCUCCGAUUUUGGCGGUAAUAUCGGUCUCUGGAUUGGCUUUUCAAUUAUAACCAUGAUGGAAAUUGUUGAAUUAGUGUGCGAAAUUUGUUACUAUUUGGUAUAUAGACGACCAAUGCAGGUGGCACGGCGUAAACAACAGCGGAACAAAGUACUGCUAAGGCGAAGGUUCCGAUUCCAUACCGAUAGCUCCUCCAUGUCAUCGAGAGCAACCCAUGGAUCAAUGACCACUGAAUGA